AUGGCCGCCUCCUCCCUCACACUCUCUCUCCUCGCCGUCGCCGCCUUCCUCGCCGCCGCUGCCUCCGCCACCAACAUCACCGAGAUCCUCUCCGCCUACCCUGAGUACAGCCUGUUCAACGACCUCCUCUCCCGCACCAAGCUCGCCGACGAGAUCAACAGCCGCUCGCCGGUCACCGUCUGCGUCCUCUCCAACGCCGCUCUCUCCUCCGUCGUAUCCGGCGGCCGCCCCCUCGCCGUCGUCAAGAACGUCCUCGCCCUCCACGUCCUACUCGACUACUUCGACGCCGCCAAGCUCCACAAGAUCUCCGACGGCUCAGUCCUCUCCACCACCCUCUACCAGACCUCCGGCAACGCCCCGCCCGGCCUCGGCUUCGUCAACAUCACUAACCUCCGAGGCGGCCGGGUCGGGUUCGGGUCCGGCGCCGCCGGGUCGCCCAUCGAUUCCACAUUCACUAAGUCCGUCCGCCAGAUCCCGUACAACGUCUCAGUCAUCGAGGUCAGCAAGGCCAUCGCGCCGGCCGCCGUGCUGUCGGCGCCGGCGCCGGCGGCGUCCGACGUCAACCUGACGGCGCUGCUGGAGAAGGCCGGGUGCAAGACGUUCGCCGGGCUCCUCGUGUCGACCGGCGUCCUGAAGGUGUACCAGUCGGCCGCCGGCGACGGUCUGACCGUGUUCGCGCCCAACGACGAGGCGUUCAAGGCCGCCGGCGCGCCGGAUCUGAGUCGACUCACCAACGCCGAGGUGGUCUCGCUCCUACAGUACCACGCCCUCGCCAGCUACACCCCCGUCGGGACCCUUAAACAGACGAGGGGCAAAAUCUCUACCCUGGCCACCAACGGCGCCGGGAAGGAUAAUUGGUGA